CAGGGUUUUUGUUGAAGAGGUCAUAUUUAGGUAAGGAUAUCUCACCUAGUCAACACGUCGAAAUCAACACAUUUAUCGGGAAGGGAACAGCAAGACAGUUAGUGAAAAAAUUACUAUUAUGCAGGUUACAGAAAAGAAGAUGCCCAAACAGGCCCAGCUGCUCUCUCUUGGCCGCAAGGACACCAGUCACCUCUUGGAAGUGUAUGUGAAGCGCAGCAUCAGUUUAAGUGACGGGACAUGUGAGGACCAGAGGUCACCAACAAAGCCUCGGAAGUGGGUGACACUGUCAGAGAAACGCAGAAGAGUCCACCGGCAUUCUAUUGACUCCUUGGUCACCUUAGGGCCCAGCAAACUUGAAGAGGGCGAUGCCACCAGCACACCACACGACGAGGGCUUUGUUAUACCAAAUGUGGCUCCUGUAGAAAUCCCAGGGCCUGCUGAUAUUCCUGAGAUUGAUGUGUCUACUGAACUGGAGAAUAAGUCUAAAGAGGGAAAGAAGAAGACCAAAAGGCCCUCUCUCUGGAAAAGUUUUCUGGGUUUCUUCUCGAAGAAGGGGAGUGACCAGAAAGAUGAGCAUGAGUCUGGUACAGAGACUGGUGGACAGUCACAAGGAAACAAAUCCAUAAAAAAGCAAUGGCGCUCCAUGAGGAGACUACCUCAGAGAAAAACUAAGAGUGACAGCCUCAGAGGGUCUGUGAGGAGAUCAUCGUCUCGGAACAGGGCCAACACUACAGAAAUAACUGGAGUUGAAUCGGUUGUGAGUGUGGUGCUUACAGACUCGUACUAUGAGAAAGUGUCAGAAGAGCUGGAGAAGAUUGUGUCUGAGGAGAAAGAGACAGACACAGCUUCUACAGAUGAGGACGUCAUCAAAAGGAUAAUUGUUCUGAUGAAGCAGCAAGGAGACGUCAUUAAUAACAAGCUGAAGGAGAACCCCAGCCUGAGCGCUUUCUUCCAGAAGCUGUCCUACAGUACCUUCCAGCAGUUGGCUGAUACGUAUGUGGAGACAGAGACCCCUACAGGCCAGAACCGCCAGACACCACACACUGUUGGGCCCGGGCCCGUCAACGCCCCAGAGCUGGUCAAGCUGGCCUUCACUCUGGACUUCACAGCCAGGGUGGCCUGUCUCUCCAGACAAUCCACAGGACACAUCAUGGGCCUGGGCAAUCGCUACUUAGAGGACCGCUUCACCCAGACACCAGAGGUUAAUCCAGAUCAGACGUUGCAUAACCAGGAUGGUCCUAAUCAUUGAUGCACCACCACAUGCAAAUGAGACCAACUACUGCMGGGGAAAGUAAACAUACUCAGUACUGUAAUAGCACAUGUAGUGUUCCUUGGGACACAAAUAAAACCCAGAGGCAGGUCACCUAGGGAACAUCACAUGACAGCCACUUAUGGUAGUCCUUGUACCAGUAAAUCUACACUAGGUAAUCUAAAUAACUACUAUGUGUACAGGUUAGUAAGUCAAAUAUAUCCACUUCUUACCACUUGUGGUGCAGUCUGUAUUUACUUAUCUGAAUUAGUGAUAGUAAGUACUAUGUAGCCUACUGUAACUGCAUGUACUUGCUACAAGGUACAGGUACACUGGUUAUUUUCCUACAGCAGGGUAUCUUAAUCCUGGUUCUGUGGACUCAAAGGGGUGCACAAUUUUGGUUUUGCCCUAGCAAUACACACCUGAUUCCACUAAUCAAA